GUGAACAGCGACAAGGUGUACUGGCAGCGCCAGGCCGACGGCAACUUCAAGAUCGUCUACGUGGAGGAAAAGGCCAUCGGGCACCUGAUCAGCACCAAGGCCGUGGGCUCGCACGAGCGUCACGACCUCACCGACCUCUACAAGCACCCCGAGGGUAGCGACAAGGUGUACUGGCAGCGCCAGGCCGACGGCAACUUCAAGAUCGUCUACGUGGAGGAAAAGGCCAUCGGGCACCUGAUCAGCACCAAGGCCGUGGGCUCGCACGAGCGUCACGACCUCACCGACCUCUACAAGCACCCCGAGGCCGAUGGCUGGGGCGCUGCCCAGGUUCUUGCUGGGACCAGCCCGGCCGUGGCACAAGAGCGAGAAAACGCCCCCGGCCCGCCCAGACUGACACUCUCCUGGCACCGGAGCCGGCGCGUUUCCAGGAAGAUCUUGAGACAUCGCUGCCACCCAACCCGCCCGGUCGCGCCUGUUCCCGGCCUGCUCCGGAGAGCGGCAUUCCAGGGGCAGGGCAGGGCCGGGCCGGGCGUGUGGGACACGGCUCAUCCGGGGUGCGCUCGCUGGACAGAGAGCCCCAUGCUGGCCAGCGUCGCAUGCACGCACGGGGAGGCCCGCACACCGACUUUCAACACUCCCAGGCUCGGAGGCGGAGCGCAAGGCGGUGGAGACGGCGGCCAAGCACGGCUCCAAGGCGCACAUCUACAAGAACAAGGAGUGGGGCGAGGACGUGUCGCUGAGCGUGGAGGCCUCCGAGUCCAUCCUGGGCCAGGACGUCAGCGUCCAGGUGACCCUGAGCAACCGGGCCAGCAGCAGACCGCAG